UGAGGACGUCCCCGAGUAUCACGCAUGCGCACAGUACACUGAAGGCCUUGAAAACGUCGGAUGGAGGUUAAAAAUGGCAAGGAAUUUGAGUAUGGGAAUCUCGAACACAACACAGCAGUUUUGCUGUCUCUGUCCAGAUAUUUAAGAAGUGGAGCAAGGGUUUCAGUCAAUCAUCCUUCCUGCUCAGACUGUCGGGAGGGAUUCACUCGAUCAUCUGACCAACUGGCAUGACCGUUAGUUUACAUGGAGGGGAGCCCAUUCAUCUUCUCAGACAGUGGGAAUGAAUUCACUCGGUCAUCUCAACUGCAGGUACGUCAGCAAGUUCACACUGGGCAAGGCCAUUCACCUGUCCUGUGAGUGAGAAGGGAUUCAGUUGGUCUUCCCACCUGUGAACACACCAGUCAGUUCACACUGGGCAGAGGCUGGUCAACUGCUGAAUUUGUGGGGAAGGAUUCACUCGGUCAUCUGACCUAAUGGCUCACCAGCGAGUUCACACCGGGGAGCGGCCGUUCACUUGCUCAGAAUGUGGGAAAGGAUUCACUCAGUCAUCUCAGUUACUGAGACACCAGUCAGUUCACACUGGGGAGAGGCCAUUCACCUGCUCAGACUGUGGGAAAGGAUUCAUUUCAUCAUAUCAGUUACUGAGACACCAGUCAGUUCACACCGGAGUGUGGCUGUUCACCUGCUCAGACUGUGGGAAGCGAUUCACUGAAUUAUCUCGACUGAAGAUACAUCAGCGAGUUCACACUGGAGAGAGGCCAUUCACCUGCUCAGACUGUGGGAAGGGAUUUGCUUCGUCAUCCCAUCUGAAGAUACAUCAGCGAGUUCACACUGGAGAGAAGCCGUUCACCUGCUCAGACUGUGGGAAAGGAUUCACUCAGUUAUCUCAACUGAAGGCACACCAGGGAGUUCACACCGGAGAGUGGCCAAUCACCUGCUCGGACUGCGGGAAGGGAUUCGCUUCGUCAUCCCAUCUGAAGAUACAUCAGCGAGUUCACACUGGAGAGAGGCCGUUCACCUGCUCAGUCUGUGGGAAAGGAUUCACUCAGUCAUCCAUCCUAAAGGCACACCAGCGACUUCACACUGGGUAGAGACCGAUCUGCUCAGACUUUGGGAAAAGAUUCUCUCAGCCAAAUCAACCAGUGUGCAUCACUGAGUUCACACUGGGGAGAGGCCAUUCACCGGUUGUGAAUGUAGGAAGGGAUUCACUCAGUCAUCUAAUCUUAUGUAGCUCUCAGUUCUGCUGGCAGCUUAACAGAGGGGGUUAUAGCCUGCCCACCCCAGUCUGGCCAAACUGAAGAAUCUCGUUUGGGUGGAUACUGAGUGAUGUGUCCCCUUUCUGUGAACUGUCUCUUUAACAUGCAAAGAGAACCGAGACUGACUUUGGACACACUGUUGGAUUUCUGCAGAAGUGCUGGGUUGCUAUGGUGACCAGCUAAUGUUUAUGUUCUGUGUGGUUAAGCAAGGUCAGAAUGAUCCUUUACCGACACAGAACAAGCGAGCGACUUCUUACAGAGAGAGGGGGCGGAGCUACGUGAUGGACAGAUGGUGUUCAGCACAAUGGUACUUAAACACACGUAACUGCUUUACUCGCAGGGCACGCAGACGCUCAAAGGCUAGUGAUGAAAGUUUCUGCUAGUUGGACUUUCUUGUACCCACAAGGGUGGGAUCUGAGGAUCGAUAAAGAAGAAUCGAUCUGUGGCUGUUAGUGUGUGUAAGAGCGACCCUGUGGGAUCUACCGGUAAGUCUAACCCUUGCCUGGGUUGGGAGACUUUCUCUUGAAGAAGGUGCUCUUGAGUUGGUCACAUCUGGCUAACUUGGAAGAUUUGAUGGGCAUUGGAAAAGGUGGACAACACCUGUUUACUUGGAUUACAUCUCCCUCACCCUCACCCUCUCCUUCCCUCCCUCCCUCCCCCUCCAAUCUUGUGAACUAAAUUGAAUCUACCACAUCAUCGUAAGACUGGCGGUGCAGACCUGAGGGGCAGAAUGGUCUACUUCUGCACCUAUUUCCUAUUGUCUAUUGACUAUAUCGUUUACCACUUAGGUUUUGGAUUUUAUAUACAGGUGGCUCCCGUUUUUCGGACGUUCGCUUUACAACAGCUCACUGUUAUGAAAGACCUACGUUAGUACCUGUUUUUUCUAACCAAAGAGGAUUUUCACUUUUACGAUAAAGCUGAUGACUGCUUUAUACGUGAGUUUACCCCGAGAAAGACUACCGUGACCGUGAAGCCUUGUGCGGCAGUUGUCUACGCAUGCGUGCACGUGCCGAUUUUUUUUCUCUCCAAAUCAAUUUCAGUUCACUAUCUUCUGGAUUUUCAGUGAAACUACACCGUACAUACAAUAUUUCUACUUUAUAUAGUGUGUAUACUUAUCAUAUCAUUCCUACUUUUACUAUAGGUUAGUGUUAUUUUAGGUUUUAUGUGCUAUUUGGUAUGAUUUAGUGGGUUAUUCUUUGGGCCUGGGAACAUCCACAAUCUUUUCCCAUUUAAAUUAAUGGUGAUUGCUUCUUCGCUUCAUGACAUUUCGGCUUACAAAUGGUUUCAUAGGAACGCUCUAGCUUUAGAUACAGGGGGAAACCUGUAUUUACACCUCUAUAUGCAUAACAUUGCUAACCCUUGGAUUAUCUGGUUUAAGUUCACUAUUAUUAGUAGUUACCACUAAAAUAGUGUUUGUUCACUGCAAAACCCUACUCCCAAGUGUGUUCAAUUGUUGCUGGUAGUUUUAUAGGUUUGCGUCUGUGUGACAUCUGAAGUAACAAAUGGUACAUAAUAUGUGAUUACACUAUUAAGAUUUAUCAUUCUUACUUUGAAUAAAGGGUCAGUAAAGAAAACAAAAAAAAAAUGAAAAAGGGCCCACUCUUUCCAUUCACGUCUUCUCAUCUCUCCCCAGCAAAAGACCAUGAAAAUCUCUCUUCCAGACUCACAAGAAAGAACAUUUCUGUCAUUGGACAGACCCACACUCCAAAUCCCUGUUAUCUCUAGUCGUAACCUAAACAUUGCUGCUGCAGAGAAACCAAUACCUCAGCAGUGAAACAUUACAGAGAGGCCAUUACAUCAGCAAUGAAUCCUUACAGUGUGUUACACUUGUGACACACUACCGGGUUCAAACUGGGGAGAAAGUUUCAAUGAGCUGCAUGCUGGAUAUUAGUCCAUCACCGUUGCUGAAUGCAAUUUUGGGAGUGACUGUCGGUGCUGAACUCUGCAAUUAUUGCUGCUGCUCACCACACCCAGUUCUGCACCCUGGUCACUGGGCAUGGGAGGAGUUUCUUCUGCUGCACAUUCACCUUUAAUGGAACUGCAGUUUAAUAUUCUGGAUCUGAGACAAAUAAACCAGUUCUAUUUUAAACUCUGUCUUCCACCUACUAAAUCUGCCUCAGCUAUUCAAUCGUUUCUCUCUAAUUAUGAUAUCUCUGAUAUAUGGUGUUUCCUUCAUCCUACUGAGAGAGAUUAUUCUUUUUUUUCACAUGUUCACCAUACCUUUACUAGAAUUGACUACUUCUUACUCGACAAUCAACUCAUUCCAUUUGUCUAUUCUUGUGAUUAUCAGAGUAUACUGAUUUCUGACCAUGCCCCAAUUACUCUGUCCUUAAAUUUUCCUGGCCUUCCUCAGAGGAAUAAACACUGGCGGUUUGAUUAGACUUUACUAUCGGAUGAUGAUUUUCUAAAAUUUAUCAGGGAUCAGAUAACCUUUUAUUUUAACACCAAUACAUCACCUGAAGUGUCAUCCCAGAUUGUCUGGGAUGCCAUGAAAUCAUAUCUGAGGGGUCAAAUAAUCUCCUAUACAGCAAAUCUUAAUAGAAAGUCCUGUGCAGAUCGAUUAGACCUCAUUAAUCAGAUUAAAGAGUUGAAUCAACUCCAUGCGCAAACUAAGAAUCUUGAACUAUACAAGAAACGUGUAGAACUUCAAACUAAAUUUAAUCUUCUGUCCACUCAAUCUGUCGAACGCCAACUUCUUGAAAGUAAGAGUGGUUUUUAUAUUCAUGGUGACAAAUCUGGUAAAUUUCUAGCCAAUCAGCUGAGGCAUUCCACAGCCAAGCAACAUAUUACAAAGAUCCGGAAGGAGAAUGGAGACCUUACAUCGGAUCACUUAGAAAUCAAUGACGCAUUUAAAAAAUUCUAUUCUCGACUUUAUUCCUCUGAAUCAUUAAAUGACAAUAUCUCUAUCGAUCAUUUUUUAAAUAAUCUGAAUAUUCCUUCACUUGCAUCUGAUUUUAAAGCCAAACUCAAUGCGCCUAUGUCAUUAGAAGAAAUAUCUACUGCAAUUUCUGCACUGUCUUCAGGGAAAUCUCGUGGACCUGAUGGGUUCCCUGUAGAAUUUUAUAAAUCAUUCUCUUCACUUCUCUCCCCUCAGUUACUUUCAGUAUUAUCUGACUCGUUUAACUACAGCAAAUUGCCACCCUCUUUCAAUGAGGCUUCUAUUAUUCUUUUGUUUAAAAAGGGUAAAGACACAACAGAGUAUUCCUCGUAUAGGCCGAUUUCAUUGCUUAAUGUUGAUGUUAAAAUCCUGGCCAAAGUUUUGGCAUAGAUUAGAAACUGUUAUUCCCUCUAUUGUUUCUGAUGAUCAAACUGGUUUUAUUAAAAACCGUCUUCCUUUUUUUUUAAUAUUCGGCGUUUAUUUAACAUUUUAUAUUCACCUCCAACUGGGAUUCCUGAAUGUGUUAUUUCCCUUGAUGCGGAGAAAGCAUUUGAUCGUAUAGAGUGGAACUACCUUUUUGCAGUUUUAGAAAAAAUUUGACUUCGGUCAAAGUUUUAUCUCUUGGAUCAAAUUGCUGUAUUUGUGUCCGACUGCCUCUGUUUUAACUAAUUCUCAGAAAUCCCAGUUAUUUAACCUCAAACGUGGCACCCGUCAGGGAUGGAUGCCCUUUAAGUCCCUUUCUCUUUGAUUUGGCUAUAGAACCUUUGGCGAUAGCUUUUCGAAAUUGUCCUGAACUGACCGGGAAUUGGAGAGGGGGUGUUGAGCAUAAAGUUUCUCUUUAUGCUGAUGACUUAUUACUUUUUCUUUCAAAUCCGUCUACAUCCUUACCUCCAAUGUUUUCACUUCUUGACCAGUUUAGCCAGUUCUCUGGAUAUAAACUUAAUUUACAUAAGAGCGAACUUUCCCCAAUUAAUAAAGAAGCACAAGAAUUAACAUUUCGUGAUCUCCCCUUUAAAGUAGUCCACAAUCAAUUUACUUAUCUUGGGAUUAUAUUCACAAGGAAGUUUAAAGAUCUCUUUCAUGAAAAUUUUGCCAAUCUUUCAUAUACUAUUAAACAGAGUCUGUUACAUUGGUCACCUCUAUCUAUGUCUUUGGUAGGUCGUAUUAAUGUUGUUAAAAUGUAUGUUCUCCCUAAACUUUUAUAUUUAUUUCAAUCAAUCCCAAUUUUUAUUCCUAAAUCCUUAUUUGAUUCCUUAGACUCUGUUAUUUUGUCAUAUCUGUGGAAGAAUAAGCGCUCUAGAAUUAACAAAGUUUAUCUCCAAAAGUCUAAAAAAACAAGGUGGCAUGGCUUUACCUAACUUUCGUUUAUAUUAUUGGGCAGCCAAUAUAUGUUGUGCUACCUUUUGGUCUUUUUUCCAUGGCCAACCCGAGUGCCCUAACUGGGUGGCAAUGGAGUUGAGCUCCACUAAAGAAUUAUCUAUCUCUGCACUUCUCGGCACCGUACUCCCUAGUAGUUUGUCCAGAUUAAUAGUUAAUCCUCUUGUCAGACACACUUUGCAUAUAUGGGCUCAGUAUAGGGAACUUUAUGGGUUCCAUGGUAUUUCCUUUUCUACCCCUAUCUUACAUAAUCACCUUUUUUUUUUACCUACUACAUAUGACUCAGCCUUCCAUGAUUGGUAUAGGAAGGGCAUUAGACAUUUUGAAGAUCUUUUUAUUGAUAAUCGCUUUGCUCUUUUCAACAGCUCUCUGCUAGGUUUAAUCUGCCUAAUGCUCAUUUUAUUAGAUAUCUCCAAAUUAGACACUUUAUUACUCCUUUAAUCCCUAACUUCCCUGAAAUGCCUGAGAAAAAUGUUAUGGACUUAUUUCUUUCUAUUAAUCCACUAGGUAAAGUUUUAAUAUCAUUUAUUCGUGAUAAAUUAGCAGCCCUACGACGUGCCCCUGUGGAUAAACUUAAAAUGGCAUGGGAGGAUGAUUUAAAUACCUCUUUAUCCGAUGAGACUUUGGACUCGAAUCUCAAAUCGGUUAACUCAACCUCCCUGUGUGCUCGCCAUUGCCUUUUAUAGUUUAAGAUUGUUCAUAGAGCCCAUAUGUCUAAAUCCAAAUGAUCUCGGUUUUACUCUAACAUCAGUCCGCUUUGUGAUAAAUGCAAAAGGGGCGAGGCCUCUCUCAUUCAUAUGUACUGGCUUUGUCCUAGCUUGGAGAAAUUUUGGAAAGAUGUCUUCAUAACGUUAUCGUAUAUUCAGAAUCACCACCUAGAACCUAACCCUUUAAUUGCUUUGUUUGGUUUCGGGGGUGAGACAGAUUUACGUCUGAGUUUGACUAAGUGUCGAAUAUUAUCUUUUGCCUCUCUCCUGGUUAGGCGUUUCAUCUUCCUUAGAUGGAGAGAUGUGGCCCUGCCCACACACGCUGAGUGUAUUCACAGUUUGGGGGUUUGAUUGUCCUGAUUUAUAUUCUCUAUAUUGUGUUGUGGUUGGUCUGGCGGUUUUUUUUUUGUUGCGGGGCUUGGGGAGGACACUAAUUUUACAUGUCUUCAAUUUGACUGCUUUCUCAAUUAUCUUUCUUCGUAUCAUAUUAUUAUUGUAUAUUUUUGCACUGUAUCAAUGUUCUUCAUUUUGAUCCGGGCUUUUUUUUUAUCUGUAGCUAUGUAGAAAAUGUAUUAAAAAACUAAUAAAAAAUCUCUGUGUUUGGUACAUCGUGAAUUUAUAACACAACUGGUGUACUCAGGCCUGCUGAACCCGGCCAGUGAAUCUGUUCCACAUCAGUCCAUUUAAAUCCUCCCCUGUUGUUUCCCUAAAAUCUCUGCAGACUGAAGAAAUCGAGAUGACUGCAGUUCUAAUCUCAGGGCUGAUUAAGAAUGACAUUGUUCGUUAACCUCCUUAAUCACAACUUAUUUCCACAUUAUGACUCAUUUUCCCUGCUUUUAAAGGGUUGUUGGAAACACCACUGUCCUCUAAAGACUUAAAUUGGAAUGGGAACCCAUAAGUUGGAUGUUCAAAGGAGCAGGGUCAGAAACCAGAGGUGGGUCUGCACAGUGCAGAGUUUGGGACUCUGGGCGAUGGAUGGGCUAAGAACGUAUGAUAAGGAAAAAGGAUUCAACAGUGGGACGUGGCAAUGGAUGACAGAGUAGCAACAUGUGGAAGCUAAUUGGCAGACGAAAUAACUUGGUUAUUUGACUGACGAAAAAUGCCUGUGGUGAGGGGCCCCAUUGGUCGAGGCACAUGUGUGUGUUGAGAAUGGUUAUACCUAUUGAGGGAGUUAUUCCUGCUUGUUUAUCCUGUAAUAUAUCUGAAUGGUUAUUUGAGAUGAUCCUAUCUGAAACAGUGUAUUGAUUAUCAUAUAAUUUGUGAGAUUAUGUCCUUAACUGAAUCAGGCUUGAAGUCAUUGUGCCUUAAUGAAGUUACCGUGGUCAUUCAUCAGUUUGUGUUUUAAAGCAAGAUUUUGGUGAAUGAUUUUUGCCACUUGAUUUUACCUGCAUAAGUAAUCAGAUUGAGUUCAACUACUGCAGGAUCCUGGAAUGUGUUGGAUUGUGUCUGGUUUCUCUUGGCAUUUUCUGCAUUUAGUGUCUUGUUUGCUUGUAUUGCAUGUAUUUCAGAUUUUUUUCUUUGUCUUAAACACCUUGUACUGUAUUUCCGCAAGGAACUCCUCUGUUUCUGGGAAGAGGUCUUCAACUCUCAGUCAGGUGCUCGGUGCUUCCUUGUCACCAUCGAAUCUGCUCAGAUCGUUGGGAUAUCUCCCGUGGAGGGUAAUACUCAUUCCACUGGUUCAUGUUUUCUUCAAGACUGAUGAUUCAUUUUUCUGAGUUGGCCUCUCAUUUAAGUUUUCUGCUCUGUAUUUCUUAUCACGAUUGCAUAUACACACAUGGAGUGCUGAAUCCAGUUCAUUUUUGAUGAAAAUAUAUAU